AUGGGCCAAGGGAGCAUCACCAAAUUCUUCCAGAAAAAGUCGCUCCUCCGCUUCGUGCAGAAAUAUCAGCCCCUGGGAAGCGGCGAGCCGGAAGAGGAGCCCCAGCAGCAGUGUGAGCUGAAAAUCAUCCAGCAGGAGCAGGAGGUGGCAGUGCUGCCCCCGAAGGACGCCUGUAAAUGCCAAAAGGAGGACUUGGCAAGAGCCCUCAACGUAAGGAUCUGCCCUUGGGAAUGUGGGAUCUGCCUGUGGGAAGAGGUUGAUUUACAGACUGGACUCUCUGAGUUUUCUGUGCUCCAGCGCCGGUCAAAACACGGCUGGAAUGAAUUUUCAGUAGAGAACACAGAGCCAAUAUGGAAGAAAUAUCUGGACCAGUUCAAAAACCCCCUCAUCCUCCUGCUGCUGGCCUCAGCUCUGGUGAGCGUCGUCACCAAGGAGUACGAGGACGCCGCCAGCAUCACCAUGGCCGUGCUCAUCGUGGUCACCGUGGCCUUCAUCCAGGAAUAUCGCUCAGAAAAGUCCCUGGAGGAGCUCAACAAGCUGGUGCCCCCCGAGUGCAACUGCCUAAGGGAAGGAAAACUGCAGCACCUUCUAGCACGAGAGCUGGUGCCUGGAGAUAUCAUCUACCUGUCUGUGGGUGACAGGGUUCCUGCAGACCUCAGGCUCAUCGAGGUUACAGAUCUGCUGGUGGAUGAAUCCAGUUUUACUGGGGAAGCUGAGCCUUGCAACAAGACUGAGGGUGUGCUGCUGGAGGCUGGGGACAUCACCACGCUGAGCAAUGUGGUUUUCAUGGGGACCCUGGUGCGAUACGGGAAGGGGAAAGGCGUGGUUAUUGGCACGGGUGAGAAUUCCCAGUUUGGCGAGGUGUUCAAGAUGAUGCAGGCUGAGGAGACUCCCAAGACACCUCUGCAGAAGAGCAUGGACAGGCUGGGGAAGCAGCUGACCCUGUUCUCCUUUGGGAUAAUUGGUUUGAUAAUGCUCAUUGGCUGGCUGCAAGGGAAGCACCUCCUCAGCAUGUUCACCAUUGGAGUCAGCCUGGCCGUGGCUGCCAUCCCCGAGGGGCUGCCCAUCGUGGUCACUGUCACCCUGGUGCUGGGAGUGCUGCGCAUGGCCAAGAAAAAGGUGAUUGUGAAGAAGCUGCCCAUAGUAGAGACCUUAGGUUGCUGCAAUGUCAUCUGCUCGGACAAGACGGGCACUCUGACGGCCAACGAGAUGACGGUGACGCGGCUCGUGACCUCGGACGGCUGCCAGGCCGAGGUCAGCGGGGUGGGCUACAAUGGAGAAGGAAAUGUUUAUCUUCUGCCGUCCAAGGAGGUCCUUAAAGAAUUUUCCAACAUCUCCAUUGGGAAACUCGUGGAG